ACAGGAUAACGAGAAAUCAGCGCCCGGCCCGCUACGCCUUCUUUUUUUUUUCUCCCGAAGCCACCACCGUCCUCUAUUAAAACCUAAAACCACCGGCCGCCAAGUCCACUUCCAAUCACCACCACCGCCGCCGCUUCCACCCGCUCCUCCGCCUGAACCCUAGCCAUGGCGUGGCGCGGCGCUGCGUCCCGCACCGUCCUUGCCGCGGUCCGCCGCCCGGCACCCUCCGCCGCGGUCGGCGGCCUCCGCGCCCCUCCCCCCUUCGCCGCCCCGCGCCGCCGCAUCCCUUCCCCCUUCGCCCCCUCCCAUUCCACCUCCCCGCUCGGGGCCGCCCGGCCCCUGGCGGCCAUGAUGGGGUCGCCGCUGACGGCGGCGGUGGUGCUAGGGCGGAUGACGGCGCACCCGUCGGCCAGCGCCCGGGCCUGCUGCGAGCUCUCCCAGGGUACCCUCUUUUUCCGCCGUGCUUGUCAGGAUCGCUAAUCUAAUCUAAGUUAGUGUCGUGAUCUCAUUUUCAAGAUUUUAAUGUAUCUUGGUAGAUGGUGAAUUCCGUAUUUUGUUUCCAGUGUCAGACUUCCGCGUUAGUUUUUGUGGAGAAAAUUGGAUAUUUGCCAUUUUUAAUAUGUGGCUUCUCAAAAUUGCCACUUUCAAGAUUGGAUUCGCAAAAUUGCCACUCAGCUCGCUGGCCCUUUGAUUAUCAUGCCACUUCCUUUCUUUUAUUGAUUUUGUUUUUCCUUUUCCAUUUAUAAGCACUGGAAAGGACUAAACUACCCCUGAUGCUUACACCAACUAUCCAAAUUCCAAUCGAUACUAGAACGAGCGCAUCGGCAGCCGAGAAUACCGUGCGUAUUGCAUCACCAAUCUCCUCGACGCCGUAGCAGAUCGCCUACAUAUCGCGUGCCCCCAUCUUCUCGGCGUCGUGUGCUGUCGAUCUGGUUGACCCGCGUGCAUGGAUUCUGGAAAUUAUUAUGUUGAGCCUAAACCUUGCUUUGUUCAAAAAUUAUAGCUAUUGAUCUCUCGCUGCACAACUUGUCAACGAAGCUCUGCAUUAUUUGACGUAUGGAGUAUGUGCAAACUACAAUCAUGAUCCCUAACCUGCUCCCCUGGUAGCUGAAACGAUAAAAUUGAAUCCGGAAGCCAUGCUUUGGUCUGAAGUGUGCCAGCAGACAGAGGAACUCCUCCUGGCGGAUAACAGCUCCUCGGCGGCUAUAUGCUGAUUUCCCUGGGCCUCCUCUCGUCCUGAUGGGACGCUCCCUUCCUUCUCGUCAUCCCAUGCAAGCGGCCGGGUGGUUUAAGCGACGAUGACGACUUGGUGGGCUGCGUGAGCAGGUGCUCUUACGAACGACGAGAAUCUCUUCUGUUGUACCAGAAUAUCAGAUGCAUAAAUAAAUACGGGUACUCAGUACAUCUGUAUGUAUACAUACCCUCAGGGGCAGUUUGGUCUUGGCCGGCGCCUAAAACUAAGAAAAGAAAAAGGGUAAACAA